AUGUCUUCACAGAAAUCCGCUCCAGCAUAUGUCUCGAAUGGACAGACCCUCUCCAGCCCUCCGCUGACCGUUCGCUUGAACCGCUUCGUUGAGAGCGUCUACCUCUUCUUGGGCUUGUACUUUGUCAGCUUGUUCUCGUUUGAUGCAAAUGCUUCGGCCCAGAGCUCACAAUUCAACAUUCACAAUCGAAACUCUGUUUCGCGUGGGACAUCGAGUUGGGGCUCCCGGGCUGGUGGUUCGUCGGGUCCUGCUUCGCGACGGGGAGGCAAUGGUGGGGGGCCGCGCCUCGGUCGCGUGGAUGAUAUUCGAGGACCGGAGUGCAAGAGCUGUCAAUGA